AUGGCAGCAGAUGUCGCGAAGUUAUGUGCCAGUUUGGACAAGAUUUUCAAGACCUUCUCCACACAGGAGGUGGAAUUGGACCCCAAGGAAAUGAAGAACUUUCGGGAAAAAGGAACCGUGCAGUACAUCGAACAGAAAUUCCAGGCGCAUCUGCAAAGGGCGCGUGCUGCCUUCCUCCAAGAGUUCAGGAAUCAUGCGGUGGUUGUCGAGACAGAGGUUCGAAAGAUCCGGGACGAGAUGACUGAGAAGAUGGAGGACAAGUACGGCAAGAUGUUGGGAGAGCUACGUGAGAACGUGCUGGAUACGGAGGGCCUGGUUCAGGCCCAGAAGGCCGAAAUCACGCAGCUGAAAGGUGUUGUGGCUUCGCAAGAAUCGUACCUUACGGCUGCCAAGCACAAGGAGCACCUCGAGGAACAAGUCCACUCUCUGGAGCAGCAGCUGGAGAACUCAAGAGGUGAGGUCGCCCAGCUGAAGCAUCAGCUCUCUUGCCGUGACGAGCUGGUGAAGCAGCUUGGCCGGGAAACCUCCAGCCUGGAGGCUGAGUUGAAGCGCCAGGAGGUGACAGCACAGGAGGAGAGACGUGAAGCUGAGAGCCGAUGGCAAGGACUGCAAAAGGAGUUGCAGCAGCAGCAGGAGCGUUUCGCUGAGCACAUGCACACGUAUGCCCAGCAAUUUGAGCAGUACAAAGACAAGACGUCGGACCAACUCCAGAUCUUGGCGAUUCUGAACCGUAGGCUGAAGGAGGCUCUCCAGCAGAUGGAGGAAGAGCGGCAGAAGCAUAUCAGGGCACGCACGAAGCCAACGCAUCGUAUCGGAGAGGAGACGCCAGAAGAGGAUAUGGCUGACAUCUUUCAGGAGUACGAACCGUAUAUACUGGAUGAAGCCCCAUACCGGGUCGACGAGAUGGGUAUGGACACAGCCUGGCGGGAUUACAAGAUCAGCAACUUUGAGCUGACAUUGCCGGUGCAGAAGCCCGCACCUCCCAAGUUCAAGGUAGAGCGCGUGCGUCGUGUUCUUCCUGGCCCGACGGUCACCGUGGAGACCCCGCGGAUCAAUCCUGCCAGGCUUCUGCAGUUGCCAGCCGUGAGUCCAUCAAUAGGGCGGGUGCUUUCGCCAGCGCAUGGGUGA